AUGCUUCCCUCAAUCACAUCCAAUACCACCAUGUCUAUGUUCGAUUCCGUGACACCCGGCUCUAGCCAUCUCGCCAGCCUCGAUCAACCAAUUACUUCUCAAGUGGGAGCAAUGUCAAAAGAAAGCCAUGCCAUCCAGACUGCCUUCAAGGCGGGCAAAGAAUAUGUAGUCCCCUGGGGAAGCCAAGAAGAACAACGCAUUGAAGAAGCAAUGCAAGACCUCGGCUCUUACCUGAGCGAUCUUGAUCCCUCCCUCUCCUACGAGGGCACUGAUAAGAAAGUGGUAUGGCGCAAGUCCUGCUGGUUUGCCAGUCAGGGCAUUGGCCAUCCUUUCUUGGACUCUGAGGCAGACAUUGCCAAAUUUGAUGGUGAUCUUAAAGAUGGUCUUACGGGCCUUCAAGCGUUACAUGAUUCGAGAACUCGAACCUCGGCACAUUGUCUGAAGUCUGCGCUCGACAGUGCUUUGGUAACGACUAGCAUGGCUGUUGGUAUUGACCCUGACUUGAUGCAACGAUGCACGGUUCGCUAUCGUGCUAUCAAGUAUACGCCUCAUGCUGGUGCUCCAGGUGGCAUUGGCCUUCAUCCAGAUGGCAAUCUGCUGUCUGCCCUCAUCACAAACGGGCCAGGACUUCGGGUCUAUGACCUCGACGGAACCGUGCGCUUUCCUGGACAUAAAGGCACAAUCAUGAUGGGUGGCUCAACGCUCUACCGUUGGGCCAAUGAGUUCAUCCCGACUUUUCACGAUGUUGAUAUCAGUGGGAAUGAGGUCAAGGUAUCCAUUGUGGCCUUUUUCAACUUCCCCGACAUGGAGACGAUACCGAGGACUUUGAGAGCCGAGGGAGAUAAUUUCUUUCAUGAUAUUCGAAGGAUCAAGGAGGACGACAAACUUCCAAGUGGGGAGUUAUCGGCACUAUGGGAUGUUAUCAUCAAGAACCACCAGCUGUCUCUGCCUCCAGUUCUUGCAAGUGGAUGA